AUGCGUUUACAAAUGAGUAAAUUGACUUUUUUAGAAAAACUAGAUUUGUCGUUUACACCACUCAGUUCUCUCAAAUUUGUUAACAACAGACGCUUUUCGAUGCUCUACUUAAAUAUAAGUUUUACAUUCUUAAACACGGUUCAUUGGUAUGACAAGGAUAUAUCUAUCGAUGUCAUUGACUUAAGAAAUACUAAACUAAACUAUGAUUUAAAAACGUCCAAACUCUUGCAAAAAGUAUCCGCAGGUGCGGCUGUCUACGGUGACAGUUACAAAUUAUGCUGCGACAAGUUUAAAGGACCGGGUAUUCGCACACAUUCUUGUAAAGCACCAAAAGACGCCAUAUCUUCAUGUGAAAAUCUCCUUGGUCAUGUGGUUAAACAUAUACUUAUAUGGAUGGUAGCGAUGGUUGGUUUAACCGGUAAUGCUGUUGUCAUUGGCUACCGCUUAUUCUAUGAGAAGCAUUUGUUAAAACAAGGUUAUAGAAUGUUUGUUACACACCUGGGCUUGUCAGAUUUUAUCAUGAGCGUUUACCUGAUGAUCAUAGCAGGCGCUGACGUUUACUACCGUGACGACUACGUGUUGUAUGAAGACAGUUCACUAUGUAAGGCCGCAGGUUUCCUCGCUACUCUCUCGGCUGAGACAUCAACUUUGUUCGUGCUGAUGAUCACUAUAGAUCGGUAUUUAAUCUUUAAAGAUUCACUGAAUCAGACAAAAAUGACGCCAAAAAUAUUAACAGCUGUCGUUUCUCUUAUCUGGGCUAUUGGCACCGUUAUCUCCACAAUACCAGUUGUAUUUCCUGACUGGCAGAUUUACUCAUCUAACGCUAUGUGUCUGGGACUUCCAGUAAAUGUGACACAUCCUUUAGGAUGGAUGUUCUCUUUACUUCUCUAUAUUGGUAUCAAUUUUAUAAUUAUCGUUCUAAUAGUCCUAGGACAAAUUGUAAUAUUUAAACACAUCACUAUGCCCAGAAGCUCUCUAGUUAGUUCAUCUGUCCUUAAAAGGCGUGAAAUCACAGUUGCCAACAACCUUUCGUUUGUCGUCAUAUCCAAAAUCCUAUGUUGGUUUCCUAUUGGUGUUAUUGGUCUCAUGUCUGCCUCUGGUCAUGUCUUUAGUCCAGACGUUUAUGGCUGGCUGGCUGUAGUCGUAUUGCCCCUGAACUCUGCCGUCAAUCCAAUACUUUAUAUUCUACCCGCUGCUUAUAAAGCAUUUAAUAAUUUGGGUAAAACUCGGCCAGAGAUGUCGUAA